UCUGUGUGGAGGCGCUGGUGUGGCUGUUGUGUGCGGUGUGUCAGUGUGUGCACUACGUUUCAAUUUCUGCGAUGACUAACUUUGACGAGCAAUCGUUACGAUGCUAAUGUAACGCCUUGUCUGAUAGAGUUGGCUGCACCCCGUAGCCCAACCAUUGCUUUCAGCGAGUAGGUUCUGCAGUUUUCAGUCAACAUGCUGUCGAGCCUCUUAAAGGAGCAUCAACAGCGGCAGCAUUUGAGAAGGGAAGAACAAGAGCGAAAGAAAAAGGAAGCCACAGCUGCUGCAAGCGCUUUGACAUCGGCGAUGGUAGAUCAUCUUAACGUCGGAGUGGCACAAGCCUACUUGAACCAGAGGAAACUUGACGCCGAGGCCAAACAGCUGCAUACUAAUGCCACCAACUUCAGCAAGCAAGCAGCCAACUGGCUCCAUUUGGUAGACAACUUCAACCAUGCACUGAAGGAACUUGGUGACAUUGAAAACUGGGCAAAGAGCAUCGAAGCAGACAUGCGGACCGUGUCCAGUGCUUUGGAGUAUGCUUACAAAGUGGGUCAGCAGGGAUCCUGAACUUGUGCAAUUUGCCUCCAUGCCAAUUAGUGAAAGCAGGUGUGGCAAGAAUGUUCAGAAAUACUUUUCACGUCAUUUGCUGCAACACGGUGGUUUGUAAGCUUGCUUGAAACAAUUUAAAUGGGCAUCUACCACAGACAAAUGCCCUAUAUUCUUGCUACAUCUUGUUUUUGUAUGGAAAUAAAACUGUCUCGCAUCUUAUGGCAGCUUGCAUUAUUAGUUGGCAUUGCAGAAGUGGACCUUGCAAUUAUUGCAUCAGAUUUGAGUGCAGCUGUGUGGUUUUCAAGAGUGUUUAGCCUCAUUGGAAACUGCCAAGUUAUUUUUUAAAUUGUGGCGAUAUGUUCCCAGUCAAUCACACAUUUUUCAUCAGAACCUGCAUUUCUCUCAUUUAUGCAGAAGCAUGGAAAUGAUAUGCAGGAAAAUUGCAAAAACUUAGCUUUUAUUCUGUAGGUUUACCAUAGCUUUUCGCUGCAUUUUUGUUUUCAGUCACACAAUCCAGUGUGUGUGAUAAGCACAGCUUUUUAUUUUUUAAAAUUUUGUUGUGCAUAUAUCUUUACAUUCCCUCAGCUCUGCAUGCAACUUAAAAAGCUGUGAAGGCUGUUUUCUCUCUCCUGCUGCCUUUAAGAAAUGACAUCAGAAUGCAAAAUGUUUUAACUUCCUUUAAUGUUUUGUUGAAACACUUUCUUUGUUUCUUUACAUGCGGGCCUAUUCCGUGUUUUUCACUAAACAUAGCCCAGUAUAUCAACCUACCAAAAUGUCACAUUUCGAGGCUCGUAAAAUGUCCAGAAACUGCAACAACGAACCUCUUGCGUCUUGCAUGGUUUCUUUCAGAGCUUGUCAACCAGUCACCUUUCCCAAGGCUACAAUGAGCUUAUGGACAUCUGACUCAACAGUCAGCUCUUUGUGAGCAGAUGGUAUAAUAAAUAUUUAAAAAUUUUG